AUGCACGGGAGCGGCGGCCGCGUCCGCCUCAAGGCGCACUACAGCUGGGACAUCCUGGUCACCAGCCUGGACGCCGCCACCACCUUCGAGGAGCUGUGUGCGGAAGUGAGGGAGAUGUGCAGCCUCCCCCAGGGCCAGCCGCUCACCCUCAAGUGGGUGGACAGUCAAGGUGACCCUUGCACUGUGUCUUCCCAGAUGGAGCUGGAGGAGGCCUUCCGCCUGUCCUGUCAGCGCAGGAGCGACGGGCUCAUCAUUCAGGAAUACAUCUACCGCCGCCGCGGAGCCCGAAGAUGGAGGAAGCUGUACCGCGCCAACGGCCACCUCUUCCAAGCCAAGCGCUUUAACAGGAGAGCGUACUGCGGCCAGUGCAGCGAGAGGAUAUGGGGCCUCACCAGGCAGGGCUACCGGUGCGUCAACUGCAAACUGCUGGUCCAUAAGGGCUGCCACGUGCUCGUCCCGCUGACCUGCCAGAGGCAUAUGGAUCCCGUCAUGCCAUCCCAGGAGCCUCCGGUAGAUGACAAGGACGACGACGUGGACCUGGCUCCCGAGGAGACCGAUGGCAUUCCUUACAUCUCCUCCUCCCGGAAACGUGACAGCAUUAAAGAUGACUCGGAGGACCUCAAGCCGGUCAUCGACGGGAUGGACGGCAUCAAGAUUUCUCAGGGGCUGGGGCUGCAGGACUUCGACCUCAUCAGGGUCAUCGGGCACGGGAGCUACGCCAAGGUCCUCCUGGUGCAGCUCAAGAAGAACGACCAGAUCUACUCCAUGAAGGUGGUGAAGAAGGAGCUGGUGCACGACGACGAGGACAUCGACUGGGUGCAGACGGAGAAGCACGUGUUCGAGCAGGCGUCCAGCAGCCCCUUCCUGGUCGGCCUGCACUCCUGCUUCCAGACGACCAGCAGGCUGUUCCUGGUCAUCGAGUACGUCAACGGCGGGGACCUCAUGUUCCACAUGCAGCGGCAGAGGAAGCUUCCGGAGGAGCAUGUCAGGUUCUGCGUCGCCCUCAACUUCCUGCACGAGCGGGGCAUCAUCCUCUACCGGGACCUGAAGCUGGACAACGUGCUCCUGGACGCCGACGGCCACAUCAAGUUGACGGACUAUGGCAUGUGCAAGGAAGGCCUGGGUCCCGGUGACACCACGAGCACGUUCUGCGGGACCCCCAAUUACAUCGCCCCAGAAAUCCUGCGCAGAGAGGAGUACGGGUUCAGCGUGGACUGGUGGGCGCUGGGCGUCCUGAUGUUCGAGAUGAUGGCCGGGCGCUCCCCCUUCGACAUCAUCACCGACAACCCCGACAUGAACACGGAGGACUACCUGUUCCAAGUGAUCCUGGAGAAGCCCAUCCGCAUCCCCCGGUUCCUCUCCGUCAAGGCCUCCCACGUCCUGAAGGGGUUCUUGAACAAGGACCCCAAAGAGAGGCUCGGCUGCUGGCCACAGACUGGGUUUUCCGACAUCAAGUUUCACGCCUUCUUCCGCAGCAUCGACUGGGACCUGCUGGAGAAGAAGCAGGCGCUGCCGCCCUUCCAGCCGCAGAUCACCGACGACUACGGCCUGGACAACUUCGACACGCAGUUCACCAGCUAGCCCGUGCAGCUGACCCCCGACGACGAGGACGUCAUAAAGAGGAUCGACCAGUCCGAGUUCAAGGGGUUCGAGUACAUCAACCGGCUACUGCUCUCCACCGAGGAGUCCCUGUGAGGCAUCCGGGCCGUGGACACGCCUGUGAAUGACCCGCGCCUUCGCCGCCGCGCAUGCAUGCC